AUGGCUACCGAUUUUAGCAUUAAUGCGCUACUCAAUUUACCAUCAAAGGAAAGCAGAAAUGUUCCUGAACAAAAGAUAAAGGUGGAAUUGCCAAUUUCUGAAACUGAAAGAUUUUUUCCAUCUGGUGGUCAAAUAGACUCAAAUGGUAAGUAUUAUUGAGUGUUUUAGUGUGGGAAUGUUUUUGCUAUGCUGUUACAAGUUUCAACAAGUAAUGCAUAUGUAAAUAUACGAGUAUAUUUGAUGCAAACAACACAAUUAGACGAUCAUUAGCAGUAUCGAUAAUCCAAUAUGUCCUGAAGCAUUAAACAGAGAAUGGUACAAGAUUUAGAUCACAAUCUUAAGGAAUAAUGAUUUAUUACUUUAUGAAUCUCACCAUAAAUGGUGCCGAAGCAUAUUAAGCUAUAAGCUAUAGAGUAACAAAAUGGUAUGGGUUUUUUAUCAAUAGUAUUAUAUAUAUAUAUAUAUGAGGUCACUUUCAUCUUUCUAUGUUCUUAUAGUGAAUAUGCAUUUCUGCAAUUCUUUACCGGCUGACAGUUUCAGCAAAUAUAAAACUAAUAUCAAUGAAUACACUAUACACGAUCUAUUUAAACUGUAUAUUCCAAAUCAAUUUCAAAUCAUCUUCAACAGAUAUUUACCAGAUGUGCCAUAUCUUCUAAAUAUAUUUCUGAAGAUGAACUGAAAUUGAUCGAAUAGACAGUUUUUUUAAAUAAAUUGUGUAUAUAGUAUACAUGCAAAAUGUUUUUCGGAAUAACAUUAUAAAGGUUUAUACAUUUCUAUACUCAUUUCAAAGUUUGUAGACUACUCCACACUCUUUUCAAAGAGUCUAAAGAUUGGCCAAUCUUAGUCAAAAUACAAACAUCUGAAAUAUUUUAAUGAGAUCAGAUAUUGAUAACCUCCAGAAACAAUUUUUAUUCUGUGAGCCACACAAAGCCGAUGGAGAAAAGUACAAUCUUUGACAAUAUACAUUGGGAGAAUCUAUAGUCUUCACAAGUUCAUAUAUGCACUCAGAUGUAUCAUCAAUUUUUUGUUACAUUUAUCAGUUCCACCCUCCCUCCUCCCACCCGUUCCAAUGUGCCAGUCAGGCAACAAGACAUUGGCGGCUUUUUGUGGGGCCAACUUUAGAAAACAUGCCGAGGCGAGGCGGGGUGCCAUAGGCGUUUCCCUAAAUAUUGUCAAUUUCAGUAUAUGUGCCAUAGUUUGAUGUUGAUGAACACCUCAGAAAGAUGAUGCUGAAAAAUGAUUUACAACUGUUGUUCGAAAAAGUUGAAGGGACAAUAGAGCGGAAUCAAUGAUCAAAUUGAUGACGAUGAUAAUCACGACUUAGUUUUUUAAAGUUUUUAAAACAAAAACAUAGUACACAUUAUUUUUCAACGAUAAGGUGACAUGCUAGGACAGGAAUGUACAACAUGUAUGAACUCUAUUUUUUCGAUUAUAGAACGAAGACGCGAGUAUAGGAAAAUAUGCCAGUAUAUAUAUAAAAUAUUCACAAUUUUUCAGCUAUAAUAAACUGCCUGCAUUUCCACAUUAAGAAGCGUUACACCACAGUACAAAAAGACAAUUCUACGUAGUUAUAUGAGGAACAAAGAUUUGUAAGGAAUGUCUGACCAAAUUAAGGCUACGUCCAGACUAAUCCAUCUUCAUAGCGUUUUCCUUUUGUUUCAGUUAAGACCAUUGUUCUCUAUUUCCUUAUGAACGGAGUACAUUGAUACGAAAACAGACUAUAGUGUGAACGUAGCCUAGCUGAAUAACAAGAACACUACCAUUAAGUUGCAGAAAGUAAUUCCCACCAAAGACAUGUCAGCCAGAUUUUAUACUUGGUAUAAUGGACUACUUUUAAUAAUAGAAAACUUUAUACUAGUAAAUUCUUAACAAUGUAAUAAUUUUAAUCUUGAUCUAUAAUAACUAUCAUUCCAUGUAAAUAAGUAUCGAAAAGGCUCAUUGAGGAACAAAAUAAAAUAUGUAUGUAGCUAUAUAUGUACGUGAUUAUUCAUGAGAAGUUAUUUAUUUGAAUUGCCAAGUAAAAAAAAAUGGCAGGUGAAAUUCUAUAGAUAUAUUUCGUUUCAUUUGCUUACCAAAACUCAUAUAUACUAGAUCAUUUAGUUGACUAAUAUGUUAGUAUAUUUGAAAUGUAAACCCAAGUUUACCGUAGUAAAAUAGACAAGUUUAAAAAUACUAAAAAUGCAUAUCAUGAAAACAUUGAUUUUUACAAGAUGACUCAUAUGAGACAUAGCGAUUUUGGCAGUUCUGUGAAUAAAAAUGGCAGGUAGCCAAAACAAUUUAGACUGGCAGGCCAUAUUUUUUCUCUGCUACGAGAAACACAAAGAACUAACAUUUUAUCUUUACCAUUUCAGGUAAAUGUGCCAGCCUUUCAAGAGAACCCACGCCGAGCAAUCUCAGAACGAGUCAUCCCAAAGCCUCACCCUCUAUCGAUCUAACAAGAUUCCCUGCAGCAGAUUUCACGACAAUAGUCAUACCAAAGAAGCACGCAAAACCAAGACGAAAACGCACUGCAUUUUCCAACAUUCAACUUCACUUUUUGGAACAGUUCUUUCAAAAGAAAGCGUAUCCUUCCAGCCAAGAACGAAAUUUUAUUGGAAGCAUCCUUAAUAUUGGCAGUGGACAAGUCAAAACUUGGUAUCAAAAUCGCAGAACGAAAAUGAAGAAGAACAAAGUUUAUGAUUCUGGAACCGAAGCUCAGGAAUCUACCGUGUCCAGCACGUUGGAAGGACGUUUGGCGGAAAAUCAGCUUCGUACGAUCGCUACUGGGCCUAGUACAUUGGAGUCAAGUAUAAAAUGCUUUGAUUUUGGGAACAAACAGCCUUAUAUAAUGUCAAUGGCAAGUUUCAAUGGUAAAACUAGUAUGCCUGAGAUGCAUUGCGAUUGCUAUAAGCCAUGUUGUAUUAGCGGUAAUCUACUACUGCAACAGCAGAGUAUGAUUGGUCAACAUCUGUGA